AUGACAGUCAAUCGGGAGUCCUUUCGUCUAGGUCCCUUUGUCGUGCCUCGCGUCUGGACUGGGCUCUGGCAGCUCUCCAGCAAUGCAUGGGGAAGUGCCUCUGUUGCCAAAGUUCGGCGAGGAAUGGCGCGACAUGUUGAGAUGGGUUAUACAGCAUUUGCUGACCAUUAUGGGAGCGCAGAGAUAAUUUUUGGUCAAUUCCAGGAAUCCCUGCCCUCGUCGGAGAAAGUACUCGGCGCCACAAAGUGGUGUGUGUUCAAGCGGAUAAAUCCUUCACGUUCAGCUGUGCUCGCUGCCGUUCACGAGCGUAUGGAACGCAUGAGGACAGAGCGUGUUGACUUGCUCCAGUUUCACUGGCAAGACUACUCCGAUAAGGGGUACUUAACCGCAUUGAAUCAUCUUUGUGAUCUAAAAGAAGAAGGAUUGAUCUCCGCAAUCGGUCUCUGUAACUUUGAUACGAUCAGAACAGACGAAAUCUGUACCGUCCUAGGACACGAUGCUAUCGUCUCGAAUCAAGUACAGUUCUCAAUCAUAGACACGCGACCUCUACAUGGAAUGUCAGACGUUUGCGAGAAGCAUGGUUUGAAAUUAUUGACCUACGGCACUUUGUGUGGGGGAUUUUUGGCCGACAAGUGGCUGGAGGCAGUUGAACCUGAUCUGUACUCCGGUAAUCUCACACCUUCCCAGAGAAAGUACCUCGACAUGAUUGUCAAGGCUUGGGGCUCCUGGGAACUCUUUCAAGCAUUACUCCACGUUCUCCGUAGCAUCGGCGAUCGCCACGCUGGAAGAAGCAUUUCGAAUAUCGCGACUCGGUGGGUAUUGGACCACCCCUUCGUUGGCGCUGUGAUUAUCGGUGCGCGGCUCGGUCUUUCCGAACACUCAGACGACAACCAGAUGGCAUUUGGGUUCAACUUGACGGCGGAAGAUAACGAGGAAAUCGAAGCCGUGUUGGCGCACUCGAACGGCCGAAGAAUUAUCACUACUAUCGGAGACUGUGGGGCGGAAUAUCGGUGA